CUUGUGUCAAGAAGUGUCAAGAGGUGAAGCUUUGAAGAUUUAACUCAGACUAAGUUUUACGCGAACACGUGUUGUCAACUAAACAGACCGAGGCCGACUCUGAGUGAAAAACAUUGAACAAGGCCACAAGAUACGAGGUAGCUUGGAAAUCUGUUAUAAAUAUUGAAAUUCAACCUCAGACUUCCUGUGCAGCGCCAGCGCCCUACAAUGCAGUGCGUCCAUCGGUUCUGGUGCGAAUCAAGUCAGAUCGAAUCAUUUCAAGUCAUAUCCUGACGCGACGACCAAAGCACUUAAGAACGAAGUUGCACGAUGGACGAUGGAUCUCAAAAAGUCGGAUAUGGGUGUUUCCGACCUCUUCGAAACGUAUUAUUUCACCUACUACGAUGAGCCUUACCUCGAUUCGGAUGAUGAAGACGACCUGUUCAAGUUCACAUCCAUGCCAGAUCGACCUUUGCAGGCUCUCCGUCUCAUUAGGGACCAUCUUCCUGAAGAAGUCAUCCACUGGGAGGGUACCAUUGCCUCUGGCCUACUUUUCCAUUUGCGACUGCUAGAUUUGCGUAUUGAACAAGGUGGAUACGCUUGUCGUCUUUCGCCGAGAUUUACAGUGAUAGGGAGGCCACCAGAACCAGGAAUUUACACAGGGCUAGAGGCGGAACUGAAGAGGAUUGAGAAGGAAGAUGUUGGAGCUCAGCGUGCUCGUCGCCGUCCGCUUGAUUCAUUUCAUUUUUCCACUUUAGUACUUCGGAUGGUUGAAGCAGCUGCUGCAUAUCAAGCGCUUUCUGGCAAGGCCAAUUCACCUCAGGAUAUCAAUCUCGAUAGCAUUCCCAACACUGCUCAAGACUUCCUCGGUGUCACACCCACCCAGAUAUGCAAGGACAUUCUUCCUGAAUAUCGCGUUGUCCACAUUGAAUCCAUCAUUCGCAAGGAUUUGUCUCAACGGUUCUUGGAUUUCCAGGAUCGACUUCGUUCGAAAUUGAUGUUCCGACCGUUGAAUGAACUUCGAAAGUUCGUUCCCCCAGACCAACGAUAUGUCAGAACCGAUCAUCCAGAAGAUUAUGUGGAGUAUAUCGUCAAACCUAAAGUCACAUUCCACGGAACGCGUCCUGACCUCGUCCCAUCUAUCGUGCAAUAUGGUUUCUUGAAGCCCGGGUCCACUCAUCCACGGACUGGUACUUCACUUCCUGUUCGUUGUGGAAGCACUUAUGGUAGAGGUAUCUACUCCUCGACCAACUCGGCAUUUUCUCUCGCCUACUCUGGCACGCAAUGUCAGGCAACAAAGCCCGGUGGCAUUCCUGGCUUAAAGUUAUUAGUAUGUGCAACGAUUAUGGGACGUCAUGCACAAAUGACCCGAGGUGACAAUUGGAGGGAUCAAAGUAAACCCUACCCAGGAUCAGAUUCACACAUUGCAAACAACGGGCAGGAAUAUAUCGUGUUCGACAAUGCUCAAAUUCUUCCCUGUUACGUCGUACACUUAGAUUGGGAAAGUAGCUCGGAGGCCAAUGACUUCGUGUCAGAGCAGCUGGGACGGUCAGGGAAAAGGCCUCGAAUAGACAACAACGAUGUUUCAUCUCCUGGAGAUAGGCAGCGGUUGAAGGAGAAUCGAUUAGCGCAGGCGAGGAAGUUUUUUGCAUAUGGCUUUGGGCCAGUAUCUGGAUCGAGCAUUGUAAUCGAGGAUAUUGCAGAUAUCGAGGAUGACGAAGAAGAUUAUGGGGAGUAUCAAGCAGAUCGUUUGGACGACGUGAAAAAGGUGGAUAUCUGGACGUAUAAGCUCGCUGGAGAGGACGGAUAAAGAUGAGUAUAGUUCACAGAGGAAGGCACAUUACAGAAGGUCGCGAACGGUGAAAGAUGAGAAAUUUUUGGACUAAACUCUGUGUAUGUCGUGUGUACCAAUUUUCGAUCUUAUACCCAC